CAGGCAGCAGUGCAGUUACAUAAGCCGGGAGGGUGACAGCUCCGUGGACACUACGUGUGGGGGCAGUGCUCGGUAACGUCAGAGGGGAAGGGGCAGCAGACUGUACACUGCCAAUCAUCCCCAGCACACAGCACCAGGGAGGAGAGACCUUGUGGAGGAAUGGCCUUCCCUGCCGACAUCUUGGAGAACUGUAGCCAUGAAGAGCUGGAGAGCCUAUCGGAGGAUUAUUUGGCUUAUCUCCGAUGUGCUGACCCUGAUAACCCAGAAUAUUUAUCAUCGCGGGAUGGAAGCGAGGUACCGAUCAGUCUUAGUACCGUAGGGUAUGUCCCACUUUAUGGAGGAGAUCAGACACACAAAGUUCUGGCUCUGUUUGCUCCAGAAGAUCCUCUGACAGCUGUGGCGCUAUAUCUUGCUCACCAAUGGUGGACAAUUGAUGAUAUUGUUAGGACCUCAAACUCUUCUCGAGAGGGGCUGCAACAGGUCAGGUCACUUGGAGAAAGAAUUGUUUUGUAUGUGCUUAAUCGAAUUAUAUAUCGAAAGAAAGAAAUGGAGAGGAAUGAGGUUCCCUUCUUGUGUCACAGCAGCUCAGACUUUGCCAAGAUUUUGUGGAGGAAAGGAGAAGCUAUUGGAUUCUAUUCUGUGAAGCCUUCGGGAAGUGGGUGCUCAGCAUAUCUAACACAAAGCUACACCCUCCCAGUUCUGGACACCAUGUUUGUUAGGAAGAGAUUUUGCGGGAAAGAUUUUGUACUACAGAUGCUUGAAGAUUUUGUUGACUGUUUCACAGAAGAUGCACUUGGGCUGAGGUAUCCUCUGUCAUCUUUAAUGUUUUCAGCCUGCAAGCAGUAUUUAGACAAGUACCCUGGAGACCAAGAGCUGCUAUGGGAGGUUGAAGGAGUUGGUCAUUGGUUCCAGAGAACUCUUAUCACAAGUAUUAUAAAAAGAGAAUCACAGAGAUUAUUGGAUACAGAAAUUGCCAAAGACGAUCAAGUAUCUCAGUCUACAGAACAGCAGUCAGUGUUACCACCAGCUGAAUCCCAGAUAGGAGACGAGAAGGAUUCAGAGACUGACCAAAAGGAAGACACUCCGAUAGUGGACACCAACUCACAGGUACAACCAGAUGAGGAGACAAGUGUUAUGAUCGCUGAGGACGGCACAACUGAUGAACAUGAUGUAACCCCUGUUUCCACUCGCACAAGAAGCAGUCAGCUCAAGCGGCCAAAGAUUGGAAAGAAAGUUGCCGAAGUAGUGGAGGAGAAGAGCGCCAGCCCUGAUAUCCCGUCCAAGAAACUGGAUUCUAAAGAACAGAUAGUGGAGAACUUCAAAGAGCUUAUACAACAGCUUGCAGAGGACAAGGAUGAGUGUGACAUGACCAAGCUACAGGAGGAGAUCUCAGCGAAGCCUGUGGAGCACAUGUUUUGUGACACUCAAGAGUCUCAGAAAGAGGAACAUAGUGAGAACAAGCAGGUGGAAUUGGAGCCAGUGAAUGGUGAUAUCACCAAGGAAAUCUUUGAGCCUCAGUUGGUAGAUGCACAUGAAGUAGCAAGAGAAGCUUUAGAUACAGAAUCCAAUUUAGAACCAGGGGAUAGUGAUGGAAAGUCUCUUACCACUCUGGUUUCAGUUAAUAUGGACUUGGAGAAAUCCUUUGAAGACUCAUUUCCUGAUCAGGUCCUUAAUCCAGAUGAUCUAGAGACAAUCUCACAUGAAAACAUGAUAACUGAAGAAACAGAGAUACAAGAUGAGGAAUUUAAAGCGACAAUGGCAGCAACAUCCACUGAAGCAGGUCUACCAUGUGAGGACCCAACAGAUAAUGGUCUUCCCGGUUACACUGAGGGCAAUUCUGCAGAAGAGUGUCCAACAUCUGACGAAACAUCUACCAUGGACACUGGUUCCCUUAAAGAAACAACAGUUCAUGUUACAGCAGAGGCGUUGCCUCUUCUCCGGCAAGGUCCUCUUCUUGUGGUUGAACUUCAGGAUGUAGCAUUGCAGCACCAAUCUGAUGGACAAAGGAGCAUUUCUGGACAAUCUGAAGGAUCUGUGGAGACCGAUCAGUCAGCUCAGAAAUCUACAGAGAAAGGUGGUGAGAGCAGUUCAGAAGAGGUGGAAACAGAGACCCCCAUAGCAGAGAGAAGAGGCGGUCUGCGCAGGAAGGCCAGGGGCUACAAAGGUCCACCCAAGAGGAGAGCCAAGUUAUCAGCUUAGCUGAUGGUAGUAUGUAACCUACAUGUUCUUCACACAAUAUUUGUAAAGCAGGAUAAAUUUAGAUUUUUUUUUUUUACGUUCUAUAAAAGUUGUGCAACAUAGGUCACAGACAUUUGUAUCUGUUCACUUUUAAAAGUUUUCUGGUUCAUGUUA